CCGGACUUCACUUCCCCCGUCGCAGCGCCAUUGCCCCGGCUCGGAUGCCUUGCAGCUUUUAGUCACAGAUCGCGACAUCGGUACGAUACUCUCGACCUCCGUGAACCCUUCUGUCAUCGUGGUGGUGGGUCCUCAGUCCGAACCUUGAUUUCCCGGGCUUCCAGCUGCAAGUGCUUCUCGCGACUUUCCUCGAACACCACCUCUCUCUCACCUCCCCCAGAAUCGGUUCUACCGCGAACGACACACCCACCACACGACAGAGAUGGCCUCCAGCUUCCCUUUGCGCCGACUCCCGGCCGCUCUUGCCCGCCGUCAGCCCCGGGUGAUCAGCACUUCGAAGCGCCUAAACUCCACGAGCGCCGUCCAAUACCAAAACCCCGCCUACCCCCUCUACCCGUCAGUCAGCACCCUGCUCCACGAGAAGGGGAUCCCGGAGUCAGAGAUCUCGAAGAUCCCAGCAACAGGGCCUAAGGGCCGCCUCCUGAAGGGCGACGUGCUCGCCUACCUAGGCCAGAUCGAUGCGUCGUACCCGGCAAGCCAAGCCGCGCGGAUCGCGCAACUGGGCCACCUGGACCUAAGCAACAUCAAGAUCGCAGCAGCACCGACGCCCAAGGCCGCCGAGCCCGUCGCCGCCGAGCCCGCCGCCGCCGCAGCCCCGAUCGCCCGGCCGCCACCGACUACGCGGGUGGCCGUGCCCAUCUCGCUGGCAGCGGUGCUACACGCGCAGAAGCGGCUGCAAGACAAGCUGCACAUCACGGUGCCGCUGUCGACUUUCCUGGAGCGUGCGACCGAGAUCGCCAACGAGGAUCUGCCGCGGUCGGUGCGCGAGAAGCCCACGUCCAGCGAGCUGUUCGACGAGGUCGUGCUGGGCGCUGAGCCCGCCCGCACCACCCGCGGCCAGUACUUCCCCGAGCUGAACGCCGAGGAGGUGCAGGCCGCUCCUCAAGUGGUAGCUGCGGCGGCUAAGUCCGUCAAGGAGGACAUCAUCGAUAUCCUGGCUGGUGGAAAGGCCGCUGCCAAGAAGGUCGUUUCUUCCGUCGCGGCGGCGCCGUCGGUGGGCGCCGGGGCCGCCAAUGUCUUCAGCUUGACGGUGCCCGUGGGUGACGAAAAGAGGGCCCGCGUCUUCUUGGACCGCGUCAAGUCUCUGUUGACCGCCGAGCCCGGUCGUCUUGUUCUGUAGAUUUUCAUUUGACCCCAAUUUCAUCUUCGUUAAUGUUCUCGUUGUUUUGGAAUCACGUUAUCUUUUUCUUCUUUUACUUUGUAAGUACGGAUGAUAGGGCUUGUCGGACGAGGCCCUGCUUUUUUGUCUUCUACACAGCUAAUGCUUCGGUUUAGUAUAGCAUACACAACAUUUACAACUCUCACGGGUAAUGGAUUCACCCAGGUGCAUUCGAUGUACCGAUAGUGAGCGGGAAG